CAGCCAUGCUCGCCCGCGCCGCCAGCGCGCCCGCAGCGCGGCGGGGAUGCCGCCGGCUGGGCGGGGCUGUCCCCCCGGCUGUCCCCCCGGCUGUCCCCCCGGCUGUCCCCCCGGCUGUCCCCCCGGCUCCCCGGCCCUUCAACCAGGUGCCGGGCGAGUGGCGAGCGGGCUGGCUCAACCUGUACCGCUUCUGGCAGGAGGGCGGCCUCGCCAACCUGCACCUCAUCAUGGCGCGCAAGUUCCGCCGCUUCGGGCCCAUCUACAGGGAGAAGCUGGGCGUGUAUGACAGCGUGAACAUCAUCAGCCCCGGGGACGCGGCCACGCUGUUCCGGGCCGAGGGGGCGCUGCCCGAGCGCUUCCGCGUCCCGCCCUGGGUGGCGUACCGCGACCACCGCAACAAGCCCUACGGCGUGCUGCUCAAGACGGGCGAGGCGUGGCGCUCGGAGCGGCUGCUGCUGAACCGGGAGGUUCUGGCCCCCGAGGCGCUGCCCGCCUUCGUGCCGCUGCUCAGCGCCGUGGGCGAGGAUUUCGUGCGCCGGGCUCGGGCCCAGGCGCGGCUCAGCGGCCGCGACUGCUGGAGCGGCGACUUCAGCCACGAGCUGUUCCGCUUCGCCCUGGAGUCCGUGUGCCACGUGCUGUACGGGACGCGCCUGGGGCUGCUGCAGGAUUUCGUGCCGCCCGACGCGCAGCGCUUCAUCGCGGCCGUGUCGCGCAUGUUCCACACCACGGCGCCCAUGCUGCACCUGCCGCCCGCGCUGCUGCGCCGCCUCAACACGCGCACCUGGCGCGACCACGUCCACGCGUGGGACGCCAUCUUCGGCCAGGCCGACAAGUGCAUCCAGAGCGUGUGCCGCGAGGUGCGGCUGCGGCGCAAGGGCGCGCACGAGUUCCUGGGCGUGCUGGGCAACCUCAUCCUGCGGCACAAGCUGCCCCUCGACGACAUCCGCGCCAGCGUCACCGAGAUGAUGGCCGGGGGCGUGGACACGGUGCGCGCCCGCGGGGAGCGGGGCGGGGACGGGGGGAAGGUCCUGG